AUGUCUCUUCUGAACCCCGUCCUGCUGCCCCCCACGGUGAAGGCCUAUCUGAGCCAAGGGGAGCGCUUCAUCAAAUGGGAUGAUGAAACGACGAUAGCCUCUCCAGUUAUCCUCCGAGUGGAUCCCAAGGGCUACUACUUGUACUGGACCUAUCAGAGUAAGGAGAUGGAGCUUCUGGAUAUCACCAGCAUCCGGGACACCCGCUUUGGGAAGUUUGCCAAGAUGCCCAAGAGCCAGAAGCUCCGGGAAGUCUUCAACAUGAACAUCCCCGACAACUUCCUGCUGAAGACGCUCACAGUGGUAUCCGGCCCUGACAUGGUGGACCUCACCUUCCAUAACUUCGUCUCCUACAAGGAGAACGUGGGCAAGGACUGGGCUGAAGAUGUACUGGCUCUGGCCAAGCAUCCGCUGACGGCCAACGCCUCCCGCAGCACCUUCCUGGACAAGAUCCUUGUGAAGCUCAAGAUGCAGCUUAACCCUGAGGGCAAGAUUCCCGUGAAGAAUUUUUUCCAGAUGUUCCCUGCUGACCGCAAGCGGGUAGAAGCUGCCCUCAGCGCCUGCCACCUCCCCAAAGGCAAGAACGAUGCCAUCAAUCCCGAGGACUUCCCAGAGUCCGUGUACAAGAGCUUCCUCAUGAGCCUCUGUCCUCGGCCAGAAAUAGAUGAGAUCUUCACUUCCUACCACUCCAAGGCCAAACCCUAUAUGACUAAGGAGCACCUGGCCAAAUUCAUCAACCAGAAACAGCGCGACUCCAGGCUCAAUUCCCUGCUGUUUCCGCCAGCGCGUCCUGACCAGGUGCAGGGCCUCAUCGACAAAUAUGAGCCCAGAGGCAUCAACGUGCAGCGGGGCCAGCUGUCCCCCGAGGGCAUGGUGUGGUUUCUCUGCGGGCCGGAGAACAGCGUGCUGGCCCAGGACAAGCUGCUGCUGCACCAUGACAUGACCCAGCCGCUCAACCAUUACUUCAUUAACUCCUCCCACAACACCUACCUGACAGCCGGCCAGUUCUCAGGCCUUUCCUCUGCUGAGAUGUACCGCCAAGUGCUGCUGGCAGGCUGCCGCUGCGUGGAGCUGGACUGCUGGAAGGGGAAGCCCCCCGACGAGGAGCCCAUCAUCACCCACGGUUUCACCAUGACCACAGACAUCUAUUUCAAGGAAGCAAUCGAAGCCAUUGCAGAAAGUGCCUUUAAGACCUCCCCUUAUCCGGUCAUCCUGUCAUUUGAAAACCAUGUGGACUCACCCCGCCAACAGGCUAAGAUGGCCGAGUACUGCCGGACGAUGUUUGGGGAUAUGCUGCUCACAGAACCCCUGGAGAAGUUCCCGCUGAAACCUGGCAUCCCCCUGCCCAGCCCUGAGGAUCUCCGAGGCAAGAUCCUAAUCAAGAACAAGAAGAACCAGUUUUCUGGCCCUGCAUCCUCUGGCAAGGAGCUGGAUGGGGAGGCUGAGGGUAGCAGCCCACCCAGUGCCCCUGUGGGUGAGGAUACAGUGUGGGCUGGUGAGGAAGGGGCUGAGCUGGAGGAGGAGGAGGCGGAAGAGGAAGAGGAGGAGUCAGGAAACCUAGAUGAAGAAGGAAUAAAGAAGAUGCAAUCAGAUGAGGGCACAGCGGGCCUGGAGGUGACAGCCUACGAGGAGAUGUCCAGCCUAGUCAAUUACAUCCAGCCCACCAAGUUCAUCUCCUUCGAGCUCUCUGCCCAGAAGAACCGAAGUUAUGUUAUCUCCUCCUUCACGGAGCUCAAGGCUUACGAUCUGCUCUCCAAGUCCUCAGUGCAGUUUGUGGACUACAACAAGCGCCAGAUGAGCCGCAUCUACCCCAAGGGGACCCGCAUGGACUCCUCCAACUACAUGCCCCAGAUGUUCUGGAACGCUGGUUGUCAAAUGGUUGCCCUCAACUUCCAGACGAUGGACCUGCCCAUGCAGCAGAACAUGGCACUUUUCGAGUUCAACGGGCAGAGUGGCUACCUCCUCAAGCAUGAGUUCAUGCGUCGGUCGGACAAGCAGUUCAAUCCCUUCUCAGUGGACCGCAUCGACGUGGUGGUAGCCACCACCCUUUCCAUUACGGUGAUCUCUGGGCAGUUCCUGUCAGAACGCAGUGUGCGCACUUCUGUGGAAGUGGAGCUGUUUGGCCUUCCGGGAGAUCCCAAGAGGCGCUACCGCACCAAGCUGUCACCCAGUACCAACUCCAUCAAUCCGGUCUGGAAGGAGGAGCCCUUUGUCUUUGAGAAGAUCUUGAUGCCUGAGCUGGCUUCCCUCAGAGUCGCUGUGAUGGAGGAAGGCAACAAGUUUCUUGGACACCGCAUCAUCCCUAUCAGUGCCCUGAAUUCCGGAUAUCACCAUCUCUGUCUGCACAAUGAGAGCAACAUGCCGCUCACCAUGCCCGCGCUCUUUGUCUUCCUGGAGAUGAAGGACUAUGUGCCUGACACCUGGGCAGAUCUCACGGUGGCCCUCGCUAACCCUAUCAAGUUCUUCAGUGCCCAUGAUAAGAAGUCUGUGAAGCUCAAGGAAGCCAUGGGAGGCCAGCCCGAGAGUCCCUUCCCUCUUGGGAACCACCCUGCCAGCCAGGUCAACGGGGCAUCGGCUCCAACAAGCAAUGGGUCAGCAGCAGCCGGGGCCAAGGCCAGGGAGGAGGCCACGAAGGAAGCUGCGGAACCGCAGACCGCCAGCCUGGAGGAGCUGCGGGAGCUGAAGGGCGUCGUGAAGCUGCAGCGGCGCCAGGAGAAGGAGCUGCGGGAACUGGGGCGGCGCGGCGUGCGGCGCUGGGAGGAGCUGCUGCAGAGGGGCGCGGAGCAGCUGGCCGGGCUCGGGCCGCCGGGCGCGGGUGGCGGCGGCGGGUGCCGGGGCCGCAAGCUCGGCUCGGGCAAGGGAUCCCGCAAAAAGAGGACCCUGCCCGGCGAGGACACCGCCGCGGCGGCGUCGGCGGAAGGCCCCGAGGGCGAGGACGUGCGCCUGCGAGAGCUGAGGGACAGUCUGGAGCUGGAGCUGCUGCAGCUGGGCGAAGAGCAGUGCGAGUGUGUCCUGAAGCUCAAGGAGCAGCACGCGGCCCAGCAAAUGACCAAGAUGAUGGAGCUGGCCAGGGAGAAACAGGCUGCAGAGCGGAAGACCCUCAAGGAGACCUUGGAGACUGACACCAAAGAGAUGAAGAAGAAGCUGGAGGCCAAGAGGCUGGAGCGGAUCCAGGCCAUGAUGAAGGUCACCACAGAUAAGAUGGCUCAGGAGAGGCUGAAGAGAGAGAUUAACAACUCCCACAUCCAGGAGGUGGUGCAGGUGAUCAAGCAGAUGACGGAGAACCUGGAGAGGCACCAGGAGAAGUUGGAGGAGAAGCAGGCAGCCUGCCUGGAACAGAUCCAGGAGAUGGAAAAACAGUUCCAGCAGGAGGCGAUGACAGAGUACGAGGCCAAGAUGAAGGGCCUGGAGGUGGAAGUGAAGGAGUCAGUGAGGACCUGCCUCCGGGCCUGCUUCCCCUCUGAGGAGGAGGACAAGUCUGAGAGACCCUGCGUGGCCUCCAGGGAGCUGUGUGAGCAGGACACACUCGCAGAGCAGGCAGAGACCCAGGAGAGCCACCUCUGA